UGCCGGGCGGGGGGCGGCGGCGGCGGCGCUGAGCCGGGGCGGCGAUGCGGCUGCUCGGCGCCUUCCUCCGGGCGCUGGCGGCCGUGGCGCUGGCGGUGCCGGUGAGAGCCGGGGGGCGGGACGGGGCGCGGGGCGGCGCGGGGGCCGCCGCUCCGGGGAAGGCGGCGGGACUCCCCGCAUCGCCCCCGGCAGCGCCCGCCUCUCCCUCCCCGCAGGUCCCCGAGGCGCGGGGCGCCGCCGGCGCGGAGCCGCCCGUUCUGAGCUUCCGAGAGAUCUGGAAUCGUAGUUUCUGCCGGCCCCUGGAGCAGAUGGUAGAUGUCAUUGCCGAGUACCCCAACGAGGUGGAGUACAUUUUCAGACCCUCCUGUGUCUCCCUGCAACGCUGUGGAGGCUGCUGUGGGGAUGAGGGUCUCCGCUGCGUCCCCGUGGAGACGAGCACGGUCACCGUGCAGCUCCUGAAGAUAAAGCCAAACGGAGAGGCACCUUACGUGGAGAUGGUGUUCACGGAGCACAAGCGGUGCGAGUGCAGGCCCCGACAAGACCUGAUGAGAUUGGGAAGGAGGAGGUCCAAGGGCCGAGGUAAGAGAAGACAAGACAAGAAGAAACGUAAAGACUGUGAACUAUGCGGCACGCCACGCAGGUAGCUUCCGCUCUGCCCCUGGCCUUGCUCCUGCUGCCUGCGUUUGAGCCAGCUGUGUUUCCCCCUGGCGUGGGUGACUUGUGGAGCCAUGGCCCUCCAAGCAGUCGUGGGACUCCAGCAGGGAAGAGCUGAUUGGACCCUUGCCUGGCCCUGGUGGGAACACAGCCUGGAACCAAGGACUGCCUUGCCCCAUCUGCAAUGCUCGCAUCAGGACAAAAGGACCCAUGACCAGGCCUGGGACUGACGAUGAGGAGCUCAAGCAAUGUGUUGCAGUUGGAGGGCAUCCGGGGGCAGCGAGGAGCGGAGCUGGUGGAUGUGCUGCUGGAGCUACUUGGGACAGCAUGAUGUGGGAGAUGAGCGGAGAUGACUCGGAAAGCUGCAGCUGCAGAACUGCUCUGUCCUGCCAGUGCACUGCAGCUGGUGAGGAAGGAAACCUGAGGCAGGCAAGGCUGCAGGGCUGUGUCUGUCCCAGCCUUGGCACGGGGCAGCCCAGAAGGGCGCCAGGGAGCUUGCCUGGGAAGCUGCCCUAAUGGGAAGGGGGGGGGAGUUGAUGUUGACAGUGCUCCUCACUACACAAAGCCACACCCCAGCCAUGUCCUGCUCAAAAAAAACCCUGAUGGUCAGACCCAGGAGCUGGCGGUGUGAGCACUACUGUCUGCUUUCCAGCAGCUGCGGGCAGGGCUCUUCCCCAUGGGCACCCACCCAGGACUGAGGAGGGCAGUCCCAUGGUGGCCCAGGGCUUGUCCACAGCACCAGCUCCUGC